GUGGAGUGGAGACCCAUGGAGGAGCCAAAGUCCUAUACAGAUGAGUGGGGUCCAAAGCAUUGGCCUCCCUCCAGGUUCAACCAUGUGAUGAAGCUGAGACAGGCAGCACUGAAGGCUGCCAGAGAACGAUGGGCUGACUACAUACUGUUUGUUGACAGUGAUAACCUGCUGACGAAUCCCCAUGUGCUGAAACUGAUGAUGGCUGAAAAUUUGACCCUGGUGGCUCCCAUGUUGGAGUCUCGUUCUCUUUACUCCAACUUCUGGUGUGGCAUCACCCCACAGGGUUACUAUAAGCGAACCCCCGACUAUCAGCCAAUCAGAGAGUGGAAGCGGCUUGGCUGCUUCCCUGUUCCCAUGGUGCACAGCACCUUCCUAUUAGACCUGCGUCGUGAAUCCAGCAAGGACCUGACCUUCUAUCCCCCUCACCCUGACUACAGCUGGGCAUUUGAUGACAUAAUGGUGUUUGCUUUCUCAGCACGUCAAGCAGGUGUCCAGAUGUAUGUGUGUAACAGAGAGCACUAUGGUUUCCUUCCUGUCCCUCUCAAGGCUCAGCAAAAUGUUGAAGAUGAAAGCGAGAGUUUCAUACACACCAUCACGGAGGCUUUGAUUGACCACGACAUUGAGCCUACAAAGCACCUGUACUCUCCACCAUCAACGGAUGACACAAUCACCUUUGAUGAAAUCCUUCUGAUAAACCUGAAGCGUCGGCUGGAGAGAAGAACCAGGAUGUUGAAAACAAUGGCCUCACUGGGUCUACAUGCCAAGCUGAUAGACGCAGUGGACGGCAAGGCUCUGAAUUCAUCCCAGCUGCAGGGGCUGGGAAUAGACAUGAUGCCGGGCUAUAAGGACCCUUACUCUGGUCGAGUCCUGACCAGAGGGGAGAUCGGCUGCUUCCUCAGCCAUCACUCCGUAUGGACACGGGUGGUGGAGCAUGGCCUUCAGAAGAUUCUUGUUUUAGAGGACGACGUGAGGUUUGAGCCCAGGUUUAAACGGCGGUUCCAGGCCAUCAUGGAUGACAUAGACAAAGCCCAGCUGAAAUGGGACCUCAUCUACGUGGGGCGUAAACGUAUGCAGGUACAGCAGCCGGAGCAAUCGGUAGAUGGUGUAAACAACCUGGUUGAAGCUGACUACUCCUACUGGACGCUCGGCUACGCGCUGUCACAGCAGGGAGCCAGAAAGCUACUGGCUGCCGAACCCUUAAAAAUGAUGAUGCCUGUUGAUGAGUUCCUGCCCAUCAUGUUCAACAAACAUCCCAAUGUUGAAUACAUGUCUUACUUUGAGCCACGAGACCUGAAGGCCUUCUCCGUGGAGCCACUGCUCAUCUAUCCCACCCACUACACCGGGGAGCCGGGCUACAUCAGCGACACAGAGACCUCCACCAUCUGGGACGACGAGGCCGUGGCCACAGACUGGGACCGGCAGCACGCCCGCAAGACAGCCCAGCAGGGUCGCAUUCGCCCUGUGGCACAGAACAGUGUCACUGGAGACUCGCCGCCGCCAGCUGCUCGGGCUUCGCGGGAUGAACUCUGA